CUGAGCAGCGACCCCCGAUCACAUGACCACGAGCGAAGACGGGGCGCGCCGCGCCGCCGCCGGCCCCUAUAGCCUGCGUGCCCGCUCCCUUCGGAGGCGGCUGGAGCAGGAGCGUGGCGGCGGCCAGCCGCACCACCGUCCGCCCGAGCCCAGCACGCGCCCGCCGCCUCUCAGCAAGUACCGCCGCAAGACGGCCAACGCCCGCGAACGCGACCGCAUGAAGAACAUCAACUCGGCGUUCGAGAUGCUGGAGCGCUCGAUCCCGAGCCUGCUGCUUGGUGGCGGCGAGAAGCUGACCAAGGUGACGCUGCUGCGGGCGGCUGUCCAGUACAUCCGGGCGCUGGCCGCGCUGCUGGAGCGAGGGCAGUCGGCCGACGAUGAGCCCACUCAGCGACCACCGCCACCGCCGGCCUCCGUCAUGCUGCUGGAAGCAGUUCCGGACGCGGCCGACCCGCUCGACGGCCUGGACGACCUAACCGACUUCCAGCUACCGGACGGCUUUGACGCCCUGCUGGCCGACCAUGACGAGGGCGUGAGCGUCGACGACUCGGACUUCAGAGACUUGGCUAUCCCCUGAACGGAAAGCGGUCGCGGCCGCGCCGCCUGUAGCUGGCGGGAGGUAUAUGACGAGGCAAUUGAGCUGCUCAGCGACGAAGAAGUGGUGCCAAGUUUUGUGACUUGAUGCUACCUGGGAAACUGAGAUUAAGACGGGAUUCAGCUGAAGGUCACCUGCCUCCGUGCCAGACGGAAUACAGCUGCGUCUGUCCUCUUCUUCCCGCAGGACCAACCGAAACCUCAAAGUGGCGCCUCGGCUUCCCGGUCCAUACAUGUCUGAGGAGGCCUUGCGGCUGCGGUAACAGUGCGCUGUCGCUUGCGCGAUAACCGCCCACAUGUUGGGAUGACAUUGCCCAUGCCGAGUCGUGAUAUGACAGUCGGUGUGUCGUACCAAAGUUUUGCACGUGCGACAAAUUUUUAUAUUUCAUUGCUUUAUUUUCGUGUGUUUAAAUGCAUGCAAACGCCUGAAUACGUGGUCAGACGUCAUAUUUUGCACGCAUGAGUGUAAAUUGCUUGGUGUGUUAACUCUCAUUAGGGAUAACGCCCAUCGUCAUAGUUUCGCUGCAAAGCAGCUUCAUACCAGGCCAGAUCUGCAACUUUGAUGAGUCGCUUUGCCACCUAUCACCAUCUAGUCACCAUGAAGUUAUUUGACGCCGAACUCGAAUUGUUUAACGCACGUGUGCCCCAUUGUCAUUUGUAUAGCCCAGAGUGCCUAGACCUAUGCAUGACGCGCGUUUGGAGACAACGUUCGUUCAAACUGAUAUCCGAUGUUAAAUGAUAAAGGGCAUGUGAGCGGACCAACGGGCGAAUGGAUCUAUCGGUUUGCCUCCACGGAUAUCAAACCAUGGAAACCGAUCGCAUUUUCAGGAUUUUCGAUCAUCAUCGACAAUA